CUUUUUCUUUUUUCUUCUGAACACGAUUUCGUCGCAGACUCGAGGAAUCGUACAUCCAUCAACACCAUGCUACUCAAGAGAUCCAUCCUUUCCGCAUUGCUCAUAGGAGCAGCAACGACCUCCUCCACAUUUGCUGUGCCCGAUGCAUCAAGUUCAAGGACUAUUGUCAAUGGAGAAGAAUCCACACCAGGAGACUACCCCUAUUUCGUGCACAUGGGUGGUUGCGGGGCUGCACUGGUGGCACCCGAUAUUAUCCUCACAGCUGCCCACUGUGGGGAUCUCUCGGGCAAAGAAGUCUUUAUUGGUGCUUAUGAGGUAAAUUCUCUUGCAGAGGGAGCCCAGAAACGGUAUUGCGAGCAAUAUAUUGUAGAUCCUUUGUACAUCCCUUCAUGGUAUCCUUUGAUGGAUGAUCCGAUGGAAGGUUUGAAUAACGAUUUUGCCAUUUGUAAGCUCAACGAGCCAGUUACAAUCGACCAAUCCUUUGUGAUGCUGGAACUCAACGAGGAUGAUGCCUUUCCAGCUGAGGGGACGGACCUCCUUGCAAUGGGUCUUGGUUCUAUUUUUUCAGGUGGGAUGACCCCACAGUAUCUCCGGAAUGUUACCGUCCAAGCAAUGAGCGACGAAGACUGUGGGUAUCCAGACUCUUAUCUAACAGAAGAUGUUCUCUGCGCAGGUGACCUAGUAAAUAGAAGAGAUACCUGCCAGGGCGACUCAGGUGGCCCCCUCGUGAAACGGACCUAUCGCGGGGAUGGGACAUUUGUUGAUACCCAUGUCGGUGUUGUUUCCUAUGGUCUCGGAUGUGCUCACCCUGAAUACGGUGGCCUUUAUGCCCGGACAAGCAGGAGAGCCGACUGGAUCAAGUCAACCAGCUGCUUGGUAUUGAACAGCGUUGCCUCGUUUUGCGAUGGCAUUCAGAAGAAACCAGAUCCUUCUUCUGACACAGGGCACCACCUCAAAAUCGAAAUGAUUGCUGAUGACUUUGAUCAAUGGAGUCUCCAGGACUCCAAUGGUCAAUUCGUCAGAAUCCGCAGGUACAGCACUGAAGAACAGGAGAUUAAGGUGGAACAACUGUACUUGAACCCAGACGAAUGCUACACUUGGCGACUAAUGCACAAUUAUAUAGAAGAAAUUUCUGAGUAUGUGUUUUACCUAAAUGGGGAAGAAAUCAUCCGCAACCUUCCAAACAAGUUGAGCACCAAGACGGAAACAUUCUGUACCGGACCACUGCCAGAACAGGAAAAAACACAGGCUCCAACAAAGACCAAGGUUACGAAAAAGACCAAGGCUCCAAAACAGGCGUCGAGAGCCUAAGUUGCCGAUUUUGCCGAAUCCUUUGUGUCGCUCCGCUCGCGGAGAAGCGCGCACCCGUAUUGCAUAACACUAUAAG